ACAGUUCCACCGACAACACUGCCAACAAUGAAGAUGUCACUACCACCAGUAAUAAUUCCACACAAACACCUAGUGAUCUUAGCCCACCGGGACCAAAUGAAGAAAUACUACCACAAGCCCACCAUCAAAAUCCUGGACAUUGUGUGGCAUCAUUUGCAGCCAUAAAUCAAAUGCGCACUAAUUCACAAUUGUGUGAUGUAACUCUGGAGGUAGGCGGUGAAACCCUACAUGCCCACAAGGUAGUUUUAGCUUCAGUAUCACCCUAUUUCUAUGCCAUGUUCAAUGAUGACAUGCUAGAACGUACUCAGGGUAUUGUUCGUCUACAUGAUAUUGAUGUUAUUGCCGUAAGGGAUCUAAUUGACUACAUAUACACUGGAGAAAUAACUAUAACCGAACAGAAUGUCCAGGUAUUAUUGCCAGCAUCAAGUCUUUUGCAAAUGCAUUCGGUGAGAGAAGCUUGUUGUAAAUUUUUACUGCGUCAAUUACAUCCAUCAAAUUGUUUAGGCAUAAGAAGUUUUGCUGAUGCCCAUUCUUGCAAAGAGUUACAUACUAGAUCCCAUAAGUAUGCAUUACAAAAUUUCCAACAAGUUGUUGGAACCGAAGAAUUUUUAUUACUGCCAUUUGAAGAGGUCAGAGAUCUUAUAUCAAAUAACUUACUCAACAUUUGCUCCGAAGAGAAAGUAUUUCAUGCCGUAUUGAAUUGGAUUAAACAUGAUCUGGCGGAAAGACAAAGUCACAUUGCCGAGCUAAUGAGUCAUGUACGCUUGCCGCUAGUUAGCCGUGACUUUUUAAUGACCAUUGUCGAGACAGAACCUUUAAUAAGGGAUGAUUCUCAAUGCAAAGAACUACUACUCGAAGCGAUGAAAUAUCAUUUACUGCCCGAACAAAGAAGUUUAAUGAGUAGUCAGCGAACUAUGGAGAGAAGACCGGAUGGUAUGAAACCUUAUGUAUUUGCUGUAGGAGGUGGCAGCCUCUUUGCUAUACACAACGAGUGUGAGGUAUAUAAUCCCAGAUCGAAUAUCUGGUCGAGUAUAGCACCCAUGUUAUGGAGACGUUCUAGAUCGGGUGUUACGGCAUUACACAAAUCUCUGUAUGUGGUGGGUGGUUAUGAUGGUGUCAAUGAUUUGGCCACGGCUGAGUGUUACAAUCCAUUGAAUAAUAAGUGGUCUUAUAUAACACCCAUGGGUACAAAGCGUUCCUGCUUGGGUAUUUGUGCCUUUGAUGGUUUAAUUUAUGUGUGUGGUGGUUAUGAUGGUGCUUCUUGCUUAAGCAGCACCGAACGUUAUGAUCCCUUAACUUCGGUGUGGAGUUCGUGUCCAGCUAUGAGUACACGUCGUCGCUAUUGUCGUUUGGCCGUUUUGGAAAAUUGUAUUUAUUCUUUGGGCGGCUUUGAUUCUACCAACUAUCAAUCAAGUGUGGAGCGUUUUGAUCCCAGAGUGGGUAGAUGGUAUCCGGUGCCCAGUAUGACAGCCAGACGUAGCAGUUGUGGGGUGGCCUCUUGUGAAGGUUUUCUCUAUUGUAUUGGUGGUAAUGAUGGUACUAUGUGUAUGUCCAGUGGAGAACGUUUCAAUAUAAGACGUAACAGUUGGGAACCCAUAGCAGCUAUGCAUUCACGCAGAUCUACCCACGAAGUAGUGGAAGUUGAAGGCGCUCUUUAUGCUUUAGGAGGCAAUGACGGUUCUUCCUCCCUUAAUUCGGUGGAACGUUAUGAUAUACGUCUUAAUAAAUGGACUAUAGUUAAUUCAAUGGUUGCCAGACGUAGUUCGGUGGGAGCGGCUGUAUUGGAUUGUUUCAAUUUGGAGCGUGGUUUGGUACAAACGACGAAUUUAUGA